CUAGCGUCCACAUGAAAGCCGCAGCUCCACACUUCUCCAGACCGAGCAAGCAUGAGGAUAGAUUACUUUAUUUGAGAACGGGAAAGGGGGCUUUCCUGCGACACAUACAUCUGUAACUUGCAGAAUUUCGAGCCUCAUUGUGGUCUUUUGUAUAGAUAUAUUUUGGUGCAGGGGAUACUUCUACCACUGCUUGCAUUUUGCACAAAGUAGCGUUGCGCGCGUCCGUUUGGAUUUAAGCUGCAGUCCACUUGUCACCAACUGCAAUGCCACAACUGUGAGAGAAAAUGCAUUUAUCAUGAAACUGUGCGCCGGCAGCUUUUUAUCAUGAACUCUUCAGUGGAUCUAGAGACUCAUAUCCACAAGUGGAGCGUUUUGCUUUUCCGCCUUUCCGCCACAGAUAAUAUCACUUCACAACUACAAUGGGACAACGUGGAGGGCUAACUGGAGGAAAUGUUGCCCGUAGAAGUCCAGUGAGACAGCAGGACUGUGACUUCCAGAGGACACCUGCAGACGAGUGAAUGCCGUCUCCGAUGUGGAGCUUGUCGCUGUCCGACGCGCGAGUGGUGCUGAAAUUUGGAUGAUGCCUGCAAGACUGCAAGACUGCCGCUCCCUGCACUUCAACGAGGACAACGGCCGCUUCGUGCUGCUCGCCAUCCUCAUCGUACUGUACCUGCUGUGCGGCGCUGCGGUCUUCUCGGCCAUAGAGAGGCCCUCGGAGCUGCGGGCUCACGGCCGCUGGAACGGGACGCUUCUCAACUUCAGUGAGACCUUCAACAUCAGCCUGCAGGACCUCAACUCCUUCCUGCGGGAGUACGAGGCUGCCAUCGCCGCCGGGAUCCGGGCUGAUGCUCUGAGGCCACGAUGGGAUUUUACAGGGGCUUUUUAUUUUGUUGGAACUGUGGUGUCGACUAUAGGUUUUGGGAUGACAACGCCUGUGACAGUUGCAGGCAAGGUGUUCCUGAUCUUUUAUGGGCUUCUAGGCUGUGCUGCCACCAUCCUCUUCUUUAACCUCUUCCUGGAGCGCAUCAUCACACUUCUGGCCGUGGUGAUGAAGGCUGUGAGGGAGCGGCGAAUCAGGAACAGUGGUCUACUCCCACCAGGCAUCCGCCAUGACUUCUCGGCCUACUCCCUGCCAGGCUGGAAGCCCUCCGUGUACCAUGUGAUGCUGAUUCUCGGCCUGUCAGCCAUCACUAUAUCCUGCUGUGCUUCAGCCAUGUACACCCCAGUGGAGGGCUGGGCUUACUUAGACUCACUCUACUUCUGCUUUGUCACCUUCAGCACCAUCGGCUUUGGGGACUUUGUCAGCAGCCAGAGCGCGGCUUACAAAUACCAAAGCCUCUACAGGGUGGCCAACUUCUUCUUCAUGCUAAUGGGUGUGUGCUGCAUCUACUCACUCUUCAAUGUCAUUUCUAUUGUCAUCAAGCAGGUCCUCAACUGGAUGCUGGAGAAAAUGAGUUGCUUGUUUUGCCAGCGCUGCAAUAAGGCCAGCGCUCUCCUGGGCAGACGUAAUGCCAUCCGACCGGGCUCUAAGGGUCGCCAGAGUCGGUUUGGCCAGCCGCCUGACUCCGAUGGACCUUGUGAUAGUGACACUGAGGGACGCAGACUCUCAGGGGAGAUGAUCUCUAUGAAAGACUUGGCAGCCUCUAACAAGGUGUCGCUGGCCCUCAUGCAGAAGCAGCUGUCUGAGUCAGCCAAUGGAUAUCCCAGGACAGUCUGUGGCAGCUCACGCCAUAAUGGUUUCUCUGGGGGGGUUGGCGCCCUCGGUAUCAUGAACAACAGGCUGGCAGAGACGAGUAACUCCAGGUAGAGGAUGUAGUGAGACAGGAAACAAAGUAUGGGAGCUCUUUAUUCUCAUACUGUGUAACAACCCCCCUAUUGAUUGCCAUAGAAAAAAUACAAGGCUUUUGAAAUGGAUUGCCAGUGUAACUUGUUAUGCAUGAUACCUAUGAUUUUUUUAGGGAUCCUUUUGGUUGGAAUUACAAGCCUGUGGUGAUAAUACAGGUAAUGAUGGCGAUGGUUUUGUUGAUGAAUUUAAUGAUGAUGGCAUGAAGAGAGAACCACAGAGUCAACACGAGUUGAUCUGUACACAUGGGGACCACCCAUCACCCAUUUCAUUAACCUCAAACCUGACCCAGAGCAAAUCACUGAAGGUCUCUUAAAUAUCAGUGUUAGUCUGCAGCUGUAUUAUAUAGUUAUACACGCUUAAUAUAUCAGACUUAUACGGCUGAAAUGUUGUGCUGUAAAGGAGCCAAGGGAAGCAUGUAGUGCAAUCUUCAUAGUACUGAGGUUUUGCCAGUUUAUUUGAAUGUACAUAUUGAAUGCUGAUAUAAACAAAGACAGGUGUAAUUAAUGAAUGAUAUAGCACAUCCUGAUCUAUGCAUUAUACUUCUCAUGCAUUUUUUGCACCAUUCCAUAUCUUCCAUUGAUUGUGCCAACCCCAUUUUUUUCUUGACACAAGUUAAGUUGUACCCUCAGUUGACUGAUUUCAUUUCUGGGGGUAAGCGUGGGAAGCAGAGUUUAGCUAAGCAUGGCUGUAAUGUAGCUGAUUUCGACAGGGCUGUAGUGAGGGGCAGUUUUACAGUGUGCCACGCCAACAGGCUACAAAGAGUAAUUUCCUAUGGCUCGAGAUGGAAAAAAGAGCAGAGUUGAAGAAUGAAAAGCUUGUGAGAGAGGAACUGGCCUUCUUAUCAGCUCAAAAAAUGCUCCGGCGGCCAUAGACUUUGACUUGAAGCGUACAAAAAGGCACCUUCCAAAUCUCUCUCUCUCUCUCUUCUUUUUCAAGCUUACAGCUGUCUGCAAGUAAAAUAAAUUAUAAAGGCUUGCAUUGUGUGAAUUCCUCUUUUAAUGCAGAAUGUAGACUUUUGUAUUUGUAAAACAGAAUAAAUGAGAAGUAAAUUGAUGUUUGUUUGAAGUGAAAUAGUAAAAGGGAGUGGAGGGAGGUGGAGGGGGAGACGAAAUAUGGAUGGCUUUAUCCCGUGGGCACAUUAUGUAAAAUGAUUCAGACUGAAAGUAAAAGUCAAUCGUAGAUGCUGAAGUGGAAAACAAAACCCUAAAGGAUUCACUCGCUUCCACUGAUUUAGCUUUUGUGGGGAUUUUCUGUUUUCAUUGAGGGAGACUUCUUCUUUGCAGAUACAUGGCUCUUUCUGUAAAACAAAGUAUGAUCCAAAAGCUUACAGAGGUAGAGUUUCCUCUUGAUUUCGGAGUAAAUGUAUAGCCACGGUUUAAUGGAUGGCGGGUGUUCGCGGAGGAUACGGCACUGCCUUGUCAGGCUGCACAAUCAAUGUCCUUGUUACCAGCAGCUAUCUCUUCCAAGGCAUCUGUGAUUUAAAGCCAUGUGAUGGUGUGAUGUUUUCGUAAACAGCAAGACAAUGAAGGAGAUGUUAGUUAGUUAAACUGUUCAGGAGACAGUGAUAAAGGCAGGGAACUAAGGACAGGGGCUGGCAGCAGAAGAGGGAGAGGCAGUGGAGUAAAUCGACUCCCUUCAUAUCCAAAUGGAUGCCCAAUCCAAAUCAAUGGCCUCUCUCAGCCAAGGGCUCAACUUUUCCUGGUGUACUUCUUCAACAUCUAAUAUCCUCCCAGGCUGCUCACUUUUUUUUCUCUUGUCAUCUCUGCAUUCACUUCACAUACACUGCACCAAAACCCUCCUCUUUCCCUUUUCUCUCGGCUCUCUCCUCACGCUCAUCACCCUUACACUGUGAAUAUGAUGAGACAUGACAUAAAUGUAUAUAUAGUAUUGGAAUGUCUUAAAAAGCGCUUUUACAAUAAGGCGUGAAUUGGAUCUGGAUCUAUACUUAGUUGAUUUUCAUCCUGUUCAUGCAUAGAUCUGAAUAAUUUCCUUUACUCCCCCAGUCUCACCAAGAGGAAUAGAGAAAAUGACUCAGGUAGUUAAAUCUUCAGGCUUGUCUUAGUUUUUCCUGCAUGCCAUUAUGGUAAAGCCAUACAAGAUAGCUGUAUAUAAAACAGAGGACUCUUUCAAGUCUAUUUUUCUACAUAUAGCUUUCAAAUAUCUACAUGUGAAUGAUUGAAGAAGUCUCAAUGUCCCGUGUCUCUUACACUGUCAGUCAUCAGAUUGAUAAGAUGCAAUGUUCAAAAUUAACUCUGCAGAAACAUGGAUGUUAUGGUGACCAGAUGUUAAAGAGUUGUUUUACAUUUAGGAAAAUAUGCAUAUUUCUUUAGUUUGAGUUAGAUGAGAAGAUUGAUACCUUUUUCACUUAUAAAAAGGUAAAUAUGUUAGCUUAGCUUAGCAUAAAGACUGGAAAUAGUCGUAAAGCCACAGUGAGUAGUUUUUUCCCUUUGGUGAUUCUACGUAUUUAACAAAUUAGAUAUAUCAUGUUAAUUAGUGAGCUUCAGAUGUGGUAAUAGGGGAAUCUGCUUACGUUACAACUGGUACCUGCCAAGAAAUAGUCUGGUAUAACUCACUGUAAAACAGUAAAUGGUCAAAAUGUAACAUGUUGAAGUGUAAAUGUGGUUUUCAGUGGCCUCUAGCAGUUCAGAUUGCAACCACUAUCUUCCCAGGCAUGUGCGUAUGCUCGAACUAAUAAACGCGUCAAAACAGAGACAGACACACCGGAGACAGCAUCAUACUAAAUGCUGGAAACUCAGGUAAACUCCCACUCAGGGAUGGACAGUAUUUAUGAUACAUGUAUUUAAAAAUACUUGAAAUACAAAAUAGGGUUUUGUAAUUUGUAUUUCAUAGGGUUGAUAAAAAUAGCUUCAUAUUUUGCAUCAAAAUACUAAAAUACUGUAAAAUUCUUUGUGAGAAGUCUACGUGAUGACUAUCUACUCAGUAAUUUGCUCAGACUUUUUAAUGUCAGAAUAGAACAUUUAUCCAGACCCAAAGAAGAAUGUCAAGAUAAGAAACAUGUACAUUUACAUUUACUCAUCUGGCAGACACUUUUAUCCAAAGCGACUUACAUUUGAGGAACAACAUACAAGCAUCAACAGAGCAUCAACUACAGAUCUACAA